AGUACACGUGUUUUUAUAUCUCUGAGGAUGUCACAAAAUGACAACCGUCAACCGUAAUGUAAUGUGUAAGUGAAAAUAUCAACAUUUAAAUUUCAUUACCUUAUAAAAUUAUUUAAAAUAAUUUUUACCGUCUGAAGUUUUUGGUAUAAGUUUGGAUGAUAGUAUUAAUUUUAGUUAAAUUGAGUGAAAAUGAACGUAACAGAGAGACGAAAGAACAAAAAUGUUGACAAUAUAUCAUCAAAAAUGGAAAAUGGCGAAUUACCUCAAAUAUUGCCCGAAGGUAAACUUAGAGGAGAUGGGAAAAAUAUUUUACUUCUUUUCUUCCUUUACACUCUCCAAGGUAUCCCGCUAGGAUUGUCAUCAGCUAUUCCUAUGAUCCUACAAAAUAGAGGUGUUAGCUAUAAGCAGCAG